AUGGAAAGGGUAGGGCUGCCCUUAUUACGUAACGUAACGGACGUGGUAGCCCUGCGGGAGCAAUCGUGCCGCCUGGUUCUCCUAGGUUUUGAGGCUAAGACUACCAUUACAACUCAACCUAACCAAAAAUAUGAGCCACCAGCCCUGUGGGACCAGAAGAGAGAGGAACUACCCAGAAUUUUCUCCUUGAACGGGACCCGGACAAAGGAGGAGCAGACGGAAAUGGACCUGAAGAGGGGAUCGGAACAGAAAAAGUCCGACGCUAAAGGCCCGACCCGUACAAAAGACCUACUGGAUCAGAAAACGGCGGAGCUCCGGAUGUUGAAGGAGUCCAAGACAAGUAGCCUGGAGCUUGAGAAGAGGUCGUCCGCUGGCGCAGCCACCUCAACUCGGACAAGGGAUCUCCUGGACGAGAAACUGAAGGAGCUGCGACUUAUGAAGGUGGCAGGGGGCGCUGCUGCCACUUCCUCCAAGACAAGGGACGGGCUCGCGAAGGUCAUGAGAGAGAUCGAGGUAGAGAAGGACAAGCUGACCACGAGCCAGACUCGGGCCGAGUACCAGAAGCAGCAGGCCCUUCUGCAGAAAAUGAAGGAGGCCAACGCCCGGCGGGGCGACGCCGACGUCGCCUUUAUGCUGGACUGCACCGGGAGCAUGUCCAGCUACAUCAACGCCACCAAGGAACACAUCAAGGACAUUGUCGACGAGAUCACGGGCAGGUACCACUGCCAGGUCAGGGUGGCCUUCGUCGGCUACCGCGACCACUGUGAUGAGAGGAGGAUCGAGACCCUGGACUUCGAGGAGGAUGUCAACGUUUUCAAGAUCUUCCUGCAAGCGGUCACCGCCAACGGCGGCGGGGACACCUGCGAAGACGUCUUUGGCGGACUGGAGGCUGCCAUCAACCUGGUCUUCGAUGACCUGGGAGGAAGUGGGUUCUCCCGCUGCUCGGACUUGGCUGACGUCAAGAACUUUCCCUUCGUGGCCAUCCAGUCAAUCAGCGCCACAAUCGAUUGCAACUGGAAGGAUAUGUCCGGAGCGCUCCUGCCAAAGCCAAAGUUUAGCAGGUACAGUGCCAUAACCGAGGUAUCCGAGAAGUCGCUGAAGUCGUACCUUAUCGUCAAGUCGCAGCCGGACUGGAACAAAGUCAAGACGCAGCCGGUCAAGAUUGCCCAGUGCGAAGUCUCCGACGGGAAGAAGCUCCGCCUGGAUUACAAGUACAGGUCGGCUUCGAUCAAAAUGUCUCAGCACCCGUUUGCCGAGGGGAACCAGAGGAUUUCCUACUUCGGGAUCGAGAUAGGCAAUGCCAGCCACUUCUUCAGCAGUUUCAAGUCGGAGUCGAACGCAUCCGUCGUCCUGAAGACGUUCAAGCAUAUUUACUCGGACGGGGUGGGCGACGGCAGGGAUGACUUCCUCAACAUUGUGGAGUCCCAGGCCAUUGCGAACUACUUUGCCAAGGAGUUCAACAAAGUCAAACCAAGGGAGGCCAAGUCGAUACACUUCCUGGAUGUGAAACUUGUUCAGCCAGAAGCUCACGACGGCUCCCCCCUGUUCUACACAAUCGAGGACAUCUUUCCUAAGUACGAGUUCAAGAAGUUCAAUAGCAACUUCGGCUUCGUCAACAGGGUGGACUUCACCUCGACCCUGAACGCCUUCUCUCACUGGACUUACGACCACACCCAGCACUACCUGAUGGUGGUGGACCUGCAGGGGAUCCUGCACGACGAGCGCUACGUCCUGACCGACCCGGCUAUCCACUGCCAGGAGCUGAGGUUUGGCAGCACCAACCUGGGCAAGGUCGGCAUGGUGACGUUCUUCGAGGCCCACAAGUGCAACAAGGUGUGCGCGCUGAUGGGAUUGAAGAGCAACCGGCACAUUAAGGACGGCACGCCCAACUUGGACCUGGCCUCGGUGUCAUCAGCGAUGGGGAAGCUGUCGAUUUGA